ACCGACGGACGACCCUGUUCUAUCGGAUGUGUGCUAUAAUCAUUGUUGACUAAGAUUUGACGAUUGGCGAGAACCUGUUUGAAACUGAGGAUGGGAUGUUGGGUAUUUCAGGCAGUCUGCCUCAGCCAGGGGAUGAAGUUGUUGUACUCUUCGGAGGCAAGAUGCCAUCCAUACUACGUCCUGUCGGAUCGUUUUGGAGGCUGGUGGGUGUCUGUUUUGUACACGAUAUCAUGAGAGGCGAGGUGGUGGAGCAGAUGCAAUAUGAUGCAAGGUACAUAGCGCAAGACUUCGACCUCUUCUUAUGUCAUACAUGGUGCGUAGAUCGAACAAUGCUAAGGCAAUUUAGUCAGUUGACAUGCACCUGUGACCAUCCUGAAUCGUUAUGGGCUUGCGAGAUCCAACGGGCUAUACACAUCUUGCUCAGCCUCGACGACAAAUCAUACAUGAGUGUGGUGAGUGAUUCGCAUGCAGCUGAGGGCGGUGCAGUGGAGGACAUAAUUGGCGGAUCUGAGCUGUCAGCUCCAAUGAGCAUACAGCCCCGAAUGUGCUGCAUGGUCAGUAAUCGCUCGACGGACGAUAGGAGAUAUCGACGAGGGUUUUGUUGACCUUGACUUCGAUGCCCACCACCUCAAGGAGUUCAGAGCUAUCCUGAACUGGCAUCUCGCCACCUAUGGUCCGCUUGCAUCUGGCUCGUCAAACCAAGUUGUACAAAGAGCCGUUGGCACAGUUGUCAACAAUCAAUUAAGUGGGGCCCAGCGACGUCAAAUUGACUUGGU